AUGGUGGUUUCUUGGGCACCACAGAGAAAGAUUCUGCAACAUGGUUCAGUUGGUGUGUUUGUAACCCAUGGAGGGUAUCAUUCAUUGCAGGAGAGUAUAUUGAGUGGAGUGCCAAUGAUUUUUAGGUCAGUUUGGGCAGAUAAUCAUAUAAAUGCAAAAAUUGCAGAGGAGGUGUGGGGGAUUGGAGUGAGAGUUGAAGAUAGAGUUAUCACUAAAAGUAGAAUGGUUAAGUGUUUGGAAAUAGUUUUUGAGCAGGAAAAAAAGAAGAAAAUGAGACAGGCCUGUGAUGAACUAAAACAAGUUUUGAUCAAAGCUGAUGGUCCUGAUUCUGGUGCUGCUAAGAAUCUGAAGACUUUGUCGCAGUUAAUUAGUGGCUAA